AAACUAAUCUCACGGAUUUCUACGAUUGUGUUUUCAAAAUGCAAACGCUAGAAUAUCGUGGAAGGACAUGGUCAUGGCUUGACUUUUUUGAGCAGUUGAAGAAAGGUCAGAAUACACAGAGAUCUUCUGCACAGAUUUCGCUGUCGCUAUCCAUUCUUCGAAACACGGGAGAAUUAAUAAAUGCCAAGUUACGCAGGCCAAAACCAAACACCGAUUCUGAUUCAAAUGUAACUGGCAAUAUGAACGAGAGUACGUCCUCUGAUCUGAAUAACGCGACUGAAGAGUUGCUGUUAGGUCAAGACUCAAUGUCGGGAGCAGAGGAAGCAUCGGAUAAGGGAUCUGUUACAAGUAACGAGAGCUUGGAAAAAAAGCCAACUAGACAUCACCUAUUGAAGAAAAGCAAGAAUGAAAGCAGAGAAGUAAAUAGAAAACAUGCACGCAGAAUCAGUAACUCCACUAUGAUCUCACAAUUAUCUAGCAGUACCUCAUCUUCGGCGUCUCAUCAGCAUACACCUGAUGAUGCUGAAUUCGAGACUAAGAGAAAACUUUUAUUGGGAAAACUAUAUUCGGGCAUUCACCAUCAUAAAUAA